AUGAAAAUAUUCUUCUGCAUCCUUGCUAUUAUCGCAGCAGUUUCGGCUGGAGGUUGGUCUGGAGGAUAUGGUGGAUGGGGAGGAAAGUCUGGAGGCUGGGGUGGUGCCGGAGGCUACGGUGGAGGAGCUGGUUGGGGUGGUGCUGGAGGCUACGGUGGCGGAGCUGGCUUGGGUGGCGGAUGGGGUGGUGGUGCUGUCAAGGCCGUUGGAGGAUGGGGCGCUGGAGGUCAUGGAGGAUGGGGAGCCGGAGGUCAUGGAGGAUGGGGCGGCGGUGGCUAUGGAGGAUUGGGCGCCGGAGGUCUUGGCGGUUGGGGUGGUGCCGGCAAGCUUGGCGGAUUGGGUGGCUAUGGCCUUGGUGGUGGCUGGAAAGGCCACGGCUGGAAGUAA